UCCAUCACCAUCUUCCAAUUCUCUUUGAUUUACAUUUUCCCUAAUUUCCACUCCUUUUACCGGCGCUAAUCAUCUGCGAAUUUCCAUUUUCCUUCAGGGAAUUAGGGUUUCUGAUUGAUACUAACGUUCAAUUUGUCAUAGGAUAACUAUACAACUUCCAUGAAUUCGACGUUUAAAUUUCUUUUCGUGAAGUAAAUGCUAAAUUUUCUCAUGCGAAUUUUACAUUCGGAAACGAAAGCCUAUUGGGUUUGAUCAAGGAUUGCGGUAGUGCAACCAGAAUAUCGUGUUUGAGGUGUAUGAUCGAAUCACCCAGCUGCAACUGUGUUGCGACAUUGUCGAAUCCAUCGAUUCGACGAGAACAACAAAUGCGAUCUGGACGUUUAAAUUUGGGAGGGUUAGGGUUUCGGAUUUGGUGCAAAUAUUGAAUGGGAAAUAAUUGCGUGGGGCAGCAGCGUACUGGCUUCUUAUCAUCUGUUACAGCAGCGGUCUGGAAAAACCGACCGCCGGAGAACACUCUUCCCCCUCCCAAUGCCAACGAUUCGUCCACCCAGAACAAGAACAACACGAACAAUAACAAUGCCAACGAUAAGAAACCAGAUGAUCCGAGUCAUAAGGAAUCUGAAAAACCACGUGAUGUGCAAAGUACCCCUCCAGCUACUGUUAAAAUAUCAGAACAGGAUGCGGCUAAAUCGGCUGAAAAAGCCAAGGUAACGGAGGAGAAGGCGAAGCCGAAGCAGCCAGCAAGUAAUUUCAAACGGGUGCAGAGUAUGGGACUUAAAGAUUCGGUAUUGCAAAGGAGAACAGGCAACAUGAAGGAGAUUUACAGUAUGGGUAAGAAACUAGGGCAAGGUCAAUUUGGAACAACAUUUUUAUGUACAGAGAAGGAAACGGGAAAGGAAUUUGCUUGUAAAUCUAUAGCCAAGAGGAAGCUGACAACAAAAGAAGAUGUAGAGGAUGUUAGGAGGGAAAUACAGAUCAUGCAUCACUUGGCAGGGCAUCCUAAUGUAAUAUCCAUUGUUGGUGCUUAUGAGGAUGCUGUUGCUGUUCAUGUUGUCAUGGAGCUUUGUGCAGGUGGUGAGCUAUUUGACAGAAUUAUACAAAGAGGGCAUUACACAGAGAAGAAGGCUGCUGAGCUUGCUAGGAUCAUAGUUGGGGUUGUGGAAUCAUGCCACUCUUUAGGGGUUAUGCAUAGAGACUUGAAACCUGAAAAUUUUCUAUUUCAAAACGAGCAAGAAGAAGCACCCCUUAAAACAAUUGACUUUGGGCUUUCUAUGUUCUUUAAACCAGGUGAGAUGUUUACUGACAUGGUUGGGAGCCCUUAUUACGUGGCCCCAGAGGUGUUGAGGAAGUUUUAUAGUCAAGAAUGUGAUAUUUGGAGUGCUGGUGUGAUUAUAUAUAUUUUACUAAGUGGGGUCCCACCAUUCUGGGAUGAAACGGAACAAGGAAUAUUUGAGCAGGUGUUGAAAGGUGAUCUUGACUUUGCAUCAGAACCAUGGCCAAGCAUUUCUGAAAGUGCAAAAGAUUUGGUAAGAAGAAUGCUUGUUAGAGAUCCUAAAAGGAGGCUCACAGCACCUGAAGUACUUCGGCAUCCUUGGGUUCAAGCUAAUGGUGUGGCUCCAGAUAAGCCUCUUGAUUCUGCUGUUAUUUCUCGUUUAAAGCAAUUCUCAGCCAUGAAUAAAAUCAAGAAGAUAGCUAUUAGAGUAAUUGCUGAGAAUCUAUCUGAAGAGGAAAUUGCUGGACUUAAAGAAAUGUUCAAAAUGAUAGAUACAGAUGGCAGUGGCCAAAUCACAAUGGAGGAACUUAGAAAAGGCUUGGAAAAAGUCGGUGCAGAUUUAAAAGAUUCAGAAAUUGUUCACCUCAUGGAAGCUGCGGAUAUUGACAACAGUGGUACAAUAGACUAUGGUGAAUUUGUUGCAGCAAUGCUCCACAUAAAUAAAGUCCACAAAGAAGACCAUAUGUAUGCUGCCUUCUCUUACUUUGACAAAGAUGGAAGUGGAUAUAUCACUGCAGAUGAACUCCAUGAAGCAUGUGAAAAAUUCGGUUUGGGUGAUAUACAUCUUGAUGAAGUUAUGCGUGACAUUGAUAAAGAUAAUGAUGGGCGGAUAGAUUACAGUGAAUUUGUCGCGAUGAUGAAAGAGGGUGAGUUUGGGAAGCACGUGAAAAGCAUUCGGUUAAGGUAGAUAAGAAGAAGAAGAAGAAAAAGAAGAAUGAAGGUUUUAUUUCUAAUUUCUAAUUUUUAAUUUUAAUUUUUAUUUAUAUAUAAUUUGAAACAAUUAGUGAGUUGAGUCAUG